UGCAAGCAUGAAAUGACUUGUAAACAGUGAUGGUUGGAUGGUGCUUAUUAUUAGGAAUUUUCCAACGUGAUCUUGGUAAUAGCUAGAACUUAGUUAUGUGAUACUGUGAGCUAGGGUGAGAUAUGCAUUAUAGAUGGAGAACAUUCUCUUAUUCACUUUGAGAUUUGUCCUGGGUAGGUAGAUUGCAGCUAUUAUGAUGCUUUACAUUGGCAGUUAUGGUUGUUAGUCAUGUACAUGGCUUUUGUGUGUAAGGAAGUGCAUUCACUGGAGACGAUAAAUGCUUUUACCAGUACAUGUAGGUACAUCAGUAGCUUGUGUUUGUGGCAAUAUAGGGAGUGUAAGGCCUUGUGCUACUAAAUUGCUUUUGCAUUGCAGCAAUGAAUUCUCAACUUUUGCUCAUAAGACUGUGUAUUUUGACUUCUAUACUGAUGAAGAUGAUGAUGUCUUUAUACCAGAAGAAGGAGCCCAUCAUGAAGCUCUUACACAGUUGGAAUCAUCAGUGGUCUCUAUACAUGAUACACUUAAGGUUGUGUCAGACUAUCAGACUCAUUAUCGUUUACGUGAAUCUCACAGUCGCAAUCUGAUAGAACAUGUGUGGGAGAGAGUGCAGCUGUGGUCAAUAGGAGAGACGGUUAUUAUUGUUGUAGUUUCAGUAGGACAAGUCAUCAUUCUUAGGCGUUUUUUUCCUGAUCGACGUACAGGGAUAUAACUGAGGUAUUGUACUGUAGUGUUGAUACCAAGUGUUGGAUGCUUGAUAAGUGAUUGAAAAUACAACAACAAAUUUAUCUGUUUA